AUGGUCAAAUACACCCCGCCUUCAUCGCCCUCGCCGACCGCUUCUUUCUACGAUGUGAGCGACGAUGAGGGCGACUACAACACCAUCGCCCGCGCUGCCUCCGGGAGAGGCGUGAAGCUGCUGUUCUCCAAAAGCAAGGUCUAUGUCCAUCCAACGGCCUCUGCCAAAGAUAAUAUCCCGGGUUUCAUCGCCCUCAUUCAGCAGAAGCCCCCGUCAAACCCGUCUGCCCCGCCCGGCCAAUCCGAUACCUCCUCUUACCUGCUCGCUUGGGUCCCGGAAUCCUCCUUGGGCGAUGCCUAUAGCACCUAUGUGAAGGUCGAUCUGGCCGAAGGCUCAUCUCCACCGCGCCAGAAGUAUUUAGUCCCGCCGCUUCCGACAACCACUACUCACCAUGACCCCAUCGGCCUCUAUGCGUUUGCGGUUCCGCUCUCGGAAAUAUACUCGGUGCUCGUGCGGCCCCCGAGCAUCGGGUGGUGGUUUGGGAGUCUUGUGAUUAACACGCGGGUGGGCGAUAGUUUCCCGGCUUUGUUCUUCCACGACACCGAGUGCGAGUCAACCAUCCUGCAGAAGAAGAAAAGAGCCAAGGAAAACUUCGACCCGUUUGACAGCGACGGGAGCCUCUUCUGGGGUGGCGACGAGGUGAUACGCUGGCUGCGGAGAUACGUCGAUGUGCAGCGCUCUACAAUGGAUCGGAAGGUGUACUUAAUCAACCCAUCUGCUGAGGAUCAGCUGUCGUUUGGACGGCCUGUGAGUAGUGGGGAUGGAUCGCUUCCAGACCAAGCGCAGCCGCAGGCGGCUGCUGCUGGCCCCAGUGGACAGCGUGAUGCCAGCAUGGACCCGUUCAUGAAGACUCUCAAGGAAACUCGGUGGAAGGUGCUCGAGCAGCUCAGCAAAAUCACGACUUUUACCCGGCGAACCGCCAAUGAGAUCGCCGACAACCCACGAAUCCCGCCCCAGGUGCGGCGUUUGAUGAAGAAUCCUGAGAUCCAGACACUGCAGGAUGAGUUUGACAGCGCCCGCCUCUACCUGGCGCGGUGGGCCAUGAAUAUCGCUGAGCAGAGCGAGCGCGAGCGGAACCAGCGUAUUUGGACGGCGCAGGAUGUGUUGGAGAUGGAAGACAGCUCCGUCGGCGAGUUUGAAAUCCUCGAGCUCGAAACCGGAAACCUAUCCCUUCAGGAGCGACGCCGUAUCCUCACGCUGGAGGAGUGGCAAGGGUUCUUCGACCCGACGUCGGGCAGACUGCACAUCACCGUGGAAGAAGUCAAAGAGCGGAUAUUCCAUGGAGGACUGGAUCCCAACGAUGGUGCCCGCAAAGAAGCCUGGCUCUUCCUUCUCGGUGUCUAUCCGUGGGACAGCAGCCAUGAAGAGCGACAAGCGAUCAUGAACUCCAAACGCGACGAGUACAUUCGGUUGAAGGCAGGCUGGUGGGAGCGAAUGGUCGAAGGGAACUCUACAACAGAGGAAUAUGAUAAUUGGAAAGAGCAGCGAAACCGAAUUGAAAAGGAUGUCCAUCGCACUGAUCGCACUAUUCCGCUGUUUGCCGGCGAGGAUAUCCCCCACCCCGACCCCGAUUCUCCGUUCGCCGAUACGGGCACCAAUGUGCAUCUGGAGCAAAUGAAAGACAUGCUUUUGACGUACAACGAGUACAACCCGGAUCUGGGCUAUGUGCAAGGGAUGAGCGACCUCCUGGCUCCAAUCUAUGCAGUCAUGCAAGACGAUGCCGUGGCUUUCUGGGGGUUUGUCGGGUUCAUGGACCGAAUGGAGCAAAACUUCCUCCGUGACCAAUCUGGAAUGCGCUCGCAGCUUCUGGCCCUGGAUCAUCUCGUCCAGCUCAUGGAUCCGCAGCUAUAUUUGCAUCUGCAGUCUGCCGAUAGCACCAACUUUUUCUUCUUCUUCCGCAUGCUCCUGGUUUGGUACAAGCGCGAGUUUGACUGGCCAGAUGUUUUGCGUCUCUGGGAAACGCUGUGGACCGACUACUUCUCCAGUAGCUUCCAUUUGUUUAUUGCACUCGCCAUUCUCGAGAAACAUCGGGAUGUGAUUAUGGAUCACUUGAAGCACUUUGACGAAGUUCUGAAGUACAUUAACGAGCUCUCUAAUACCAUGGACCUCGUCCCCAUCCUCACUCGUGCCGAAUCGCUUUUCCACCGAUUCGAGCGUGCUGUUCAAGCUAUCGAUAAGAAGGACAAUUUUCCUGCUGCUCCCACCGCACACCAGCGCAAACCCGUCGGUAAUAAUGACCAAGGCUCGGCUUCGAACCCUGACAAGGGUAAAUCACCCCAGCGGAACGCUGUUGGAUCCAGCAGCGGUGUCAAUGUGGGCGCUUCUGGAUCUUCAUCGCUUGACAAUGCCAUAGCGGCCGAUAAGCCCAAGGUGAUUUCCCCGGAGUUGCGGGAGCUCCUCCGCAAGGAUAUCCCAUGGAAACGCCAGCAGACGUCAUGA